AUGAUGAAGAAGAACAAGAGCAAGAGCAAGAAGUCAGUGACUAAGCAAGAAGCCCUCUGCAUCCCACACUAUUACAGACUAGGGCAUCUCAAGAACAUAUUGGAUGGGGGAGAGUAUGCCCCUUACGUAUCUCCUCCCAUAUUGGAGAGCAAUUUUAUUCAGGUCAAUAGGAGAGGUGAGUCUAUUUACCUGCAUAACCGAGCAAACUGGGUGACCGUAGGCAUCUGUUCUUCCAAUCCCAUCUUCAAGACCCCCAAUAUGAUGCUGUUGGCACAUCUGACACCAGAAGCUCGAAAAGAACCAGAACCUCUCUUUAAAACCCUUCUGAAGUCUUCCUCUUCAGGGAAUCUGGUGCUCACCAGGUUUAUCCCUCUGCAGUUUGUGACUCUCUCUGUGCACAGUGCUAAGAACAUGCGUCUCAAGGUAAAGCUGAUCAACGGCCGCUCUUACUACCUACAGCUCUGUGCGCCGGUGUAUAAACAGGAUAUCAUAUUCUCUCAGUGGGUAGACCUCAUCCCCCUCUUGAAUCAGGAGAAAGUCAAAACGACUAAAGUAUCCGAGGUCUCAAGCCUCUCAGAAAUCACAAACAGCACAGACAUCACAGGCUCGAUGGACAUCACGGACAUUACUGCUUUCACAGAACUGCGGACCAUGCACCCGAAAACACAGAGAUGCCCUUAUAACAUCAUGGAAAGUGCAGACUUCUCAGAAUAUACAGAUGUCACUGAUAUCACAGAUGUCACCGAUGUCACCGAUACUCUGGAAAAUGGAGUCACAGAUGUUCCAGAUAUAAAAAUUGUCACGGAAGUCACAGAAGUCUCAGAAGUCAAACUGGCCACAAACAUCUCAGGGGUCAGAAUAGUAUUUGAAAACGAUGAUAUACUAAAGACCAAGCAGGAGGAAAAGGAAUAUAUCCUGAAGCAUAGGAGUCUACGAGAUACAAAAACUAAGAAUGACUACCGAGAUUCCCCCAAACAUGUUGCCAUCUCAAACAUAACCCUGACUUUGCAAGAUGAAGGGUGUUUUCCGACUACUCUGACUCCUGUAAAAAGCACGGAAGACAUAUACAACGAAAUAUGUGAUGAAACUUCUGAAGAAAAGAUGUUUGAUCUUCAAAACAUACAUCUAAAGGCCACAGAAUCCAGAUGGUGAACUGAAGUUUGGAAGAUAUUUGCUCGAGGUAUAUGAAUAUCUAGAAAAUGGUGAAAC